AUGGCUCAAGGGGGUAAGCGCAAGAUGAAAACGCCUGCGGGAGCGGAUGAAAAGGAUGUAGGAUGCGUUACGCCUGCGGUAGAUCCGGAAAGGGAUCCAGCAAAACGUAUUUGUACGGGUGGGAACAAGGAUGGCGAGCAGGACCGGCGAAAACGUAUGGGCUUAAGGCAGUUGGAAGAGUCGCUGAUGCGGGCUCAGUCGUCCCGUGAUGGCUUUCUUCGCAAGUGCAUCGUACAUCUGAAUUGGUGUUUGAAUACUUUGCGAGGAAAUUCGCCAUUCGGUAACGGUCCUGAUGGAGCAGUUUAUAAUCCAGAAGCUGACCAUAGUAAUGAUCAGUGGCGUAAACGGUUGGAAGAGGUGAUAAUGGCGGUAAUGUGGUUAUAUAAUGACGCACUUAGCGGUCCCCGGUUAUGGGAGAGCUCCCAUUUGAAUACUCGCCCAGCGACUUCCACAUCCGGUAACGGUUCUGACGGAGCAGAUGGUACUCAAGACCCCAACCAUGGUACACAUGAGUGGCAGAAGCGGUUGCAAGAGGCGAUAAUGGCGGCACAAUCGUUAUUUAAUGACUCACUUGGCGGUUUCCGGUCAGAUUCGACGUCGAAUUUGAGCACUCCGCCAGCAACUUCGCCAUCCGUUACCGGUCCAGAUGGACAGCAUGGUAAUCCAGACGAUACCCGUGGUAAAGAUAAGCUUCCGCCUCAAGACUCACAUGACUCCGAAAAAGAAUAA